AUGAGUUAUGCGCCAUUGGAUAUGCUUACAGCACAAGAAGGCAAACCCUCGAUAUACGCACUCAGGUCGCUUGGAUAUGAGGUGGAACUAAGCAGUACGGCUGUGGACGAUGUGGUGGCCGAAGGUGUUGACGAGUCCAAGGUCGUGCCUCUGCAAAGUUGGACGACACUCGCAAUGGCGAAAAUGCAUGGCGAAACUCGUGGCUUCAUCCCGGCGGUCCGAGCACGACGUCGCAAGUAUCAGAAGCAGAUUUGUCGCGCAGUCCGGGUUGUUCCCGUUGGAGAGUUCUCGGUGCUCCUGUCCCUCAAUCGCCCAGACAUGCCAACCACUUCCUGUUGCUCCCAUGCGGCGAAUAUACGUCCAGAUUCUUUUCCCACGCUCACCGGUCCUUGGGAUAUUUCUCACAAUAAAGGAGACUCGGCGGAGGCCCGAGGAUAUGCCAUUGUCUGUCGAUUCGCCUGGUCCCGUGGGAAAGGGAUCUUGUCCUUUACAUGGCCGGGCCAAGGGGCCCUGUGGUGGCAUCAGGUCGCGCCGGGUGGACAAACCGGAAGCCAGGGGAUCCACCCCCGCAAAUUGUCCCAAGACCAAUUUGGCAAGGCUUGA